AUGGGCGAGAAGAAGAACGACGUUGAGAAGAAGAAGAACGGCGAUGGAGGAGAUAAGAAGAAGGAAGAUCACUCUCUCAUUGUGGUCUUAAAGGUCAAUAUGCACUGCGAGGGCUGUGCCUCCAAAAUUGUCAAGACUGUUAAGAGCUUUGAUGAAAUACAACUGAUGAAAACUCAUUGUUGUGUUGUGUGGUGCUUUGGCGGUGGUGAAGGCGUUGAUGGUACGAAAGCAGAGUUCACGGUGAAUAAGCUGACGGUCGUCGGAAAAGUCAACCUGUCAAAACUCCGGGAAAUGCUCACCGGGAAGACCAAGAAGAAGGUCGACCUGAUCUCUCCGCAGCCAAGCAAGAAGGAUGACAACAAAAACGAUAACAAGAAGAAGACCGACGAAAAUGACAACAAGAAGAUCUUGAUCCUUCUUUCAGGGCUAAGCUUGCUAAGAUUGCCACGGCCGAGAUGA